AUGGAAGUCUUUUUCAUGUUCUCUUCUAAUUCUGUCACAGAUAUUUUGGCACAUAGAAUUGACAUUGUCAAAACAGAACUUUCAAUGACUAGAAGCAACAUGACCUACACAUUAAGGCCUCGAAAGCACAAUGUAGCCUUUGAAGAUCCAAACGAUACUGAAAGUGACUCAAAUAGUCAUGAUCAAGAUUAUACAACAUCGAGGCUUAGAAAUCCAACUAAAAGAAGGAAUGCAGAAUCAUCCACUCCAAAAGAAAUAGAGACUGAAAUGCUGAACUCAGGUGUAAAUUCAAAUGCAAAGCCCAGACGACGUAAAAGGAGCUUCCCUUCUAAGAAGACAGCAGAGGAAGGGCAAAACAAGGAAACUAGUGAAGUUGGACAAAGUUCAAGCAUGGAAAAACAUUCGUUUUUACCAGAGGGUCCAAGUCCAAGCAUGAAGAAUGUUUCACUUUCACCUGUAGGACAAAGUUCACUUUCACCUGUGGGACAAGGUUCACCUUCACCUGUAGGACAAGGUUCACCUUCUAAGAAGAUAGCUGAGGAAAGACAAACCAGGGAAACUAGUGGAGUUCGACAAAAUUUAAGCACACAAAGAGGUUCAUUUUUACUGGAGGGACCAAAUCCAGGCAUGGAGACAGGUUCACCUUUACCUGAAGGACAUGAUUUAAGCAUAAAAAAACUCUCAUCUUUACCGGAAGGAACAAGUUCAAACCAAAAAACCAUAUUGUCAUGGUUAAUAGAUCAUAAGCUAAUUGAGGAAGGUGAACAAGUAUACUAUAGGGAUGACACAAGGGAAAGUGCAGCAAUAACCGGAAGAAUUACAAGGGGUGGAAUUCUCUGCAACUGUUGCCAGGAGGAAUUAUCUGUGUGGACAUUUGAGGAACAUGCUAAAAGUGAUAUCAAACAACCCUAUGAAUAUAUUUACCUCUCAAAAGAAAGCACAUGUCUCCAGGACUACCUCACUGCUUCUUGGUAUGGGGCUACUGAACAAAAACGCCGGGAAGCAUUUCACUUUAAACCAAAAGAAACUUCCACAAACCAAACAGAUGGUGCUUGUUCAAUCUGUGGAGAUGGGGGAGACUUGUUCGGCUGUCAGAUUUGUCACUCUGCAUAUCAUGCAUGCUCUCACUGGGAAUGUUUAAACAAAGUCUCAAAAGAGCACAAGGACAUUAGCCCUUCAAUAUUGUGUUGCAGCCAAAGCUGCAGAAAGAUCUAUGAGAAAUUGGAGAGUUCGAUUGCAAUAAGAACUGAUAUCUUUGGAAGCUACUCUUGGAGAGUCAUCCGCCCAAUGGCAAUGGAUAUGACUUCUGAGUUUCAUUCAGCUAAGACUAAGACCCUACUUUUGGAAAACAAUUUGAAGGUUGAAAUUGCUUUAACAUUAAUGAAUGAAUCUUUCAAGACAAUAACUGACAGACACACAGGCAUUGAUGUGGUUCGUAGCGUGCUAUACAGUCAUCAAUCAGAUUUAAAGAGGAUUGAUUUUAAUCGUUUUCAUACAUUUAUCCUAGAGAAAGAUGAUGCAAUCAUCUGUGCAGCUUCUAUAAGAAUUCAUGGGAAAAGGGUUGCAGAAAUGCCUUUUAUUGCCACAGAUGUGACAUUCAGGGGCCAAGGAAUUUGCAGGAUGUUAAUGAAGGAAAUUGAAUCGUUCUUGCGCAAUCUCGAAGUGCAAAACCUGAUCAUUCCAUCUGUUCCGGAUACUUGUGAGAUGUGGAAGCACAAGUUUGGCUUCAAACAAUUGACUAUAGAGUUAAAGAAAGAACUCAUCUCCUAUGACAUUUUGAUGUUACCUAAUGCUGUAAAACUCUACAAAGACUUUAGACCACUUGAGGCAGGACCAGAGGCUGAGGGCAAUGAAAACAAUGAAACUGAGAAUCAGAAUGCCCAGGAAACACAAAAUGAUAUGACAAGGACAUCAUAUUUGGACUUGAAUAUGGAACCUUCUGAGGAAGAGCAAUAA